AUGAAGGACCGGACGCAGGAGCUGCGGAGUGCGAAAGACAGUGACGAUGAGGAGGAGGUGGUCCACGUGGAUCGGGACCACUUCAUGGAUGAGUUCUUUGAGCAGGUGGAGGAGAUCCGGGGCUGCAUUGAGAAGCUGUCGGAGGACGUGGAGCAGGUGAAGAAACAGCACAGCGCCAUCCUGGCCGCCCCCAACCCGGACGAGAAGACCAAACAGGAGCUGGAGGACCUCACUGCAGACAUCAAGAAGACGGCCAACAAGGUUCGGUCCAAAUUGAAAGCGAUCGAGCAGAGCAUCGAGCAGGAGGAGGGCCUGAACCGUUCCUCCGCGGACCUGCGCAUCCGCAAGACUCAGCAUUCUACACUCUCCCGGAAGUUCGUGGAAGUAAUGACCGAAUAUAACGCGACCCAGUCCAAGUACCGGGACCGCUGCAAGGACAGGAUCCAGCGGCAGCUGGAGAUCACCGGAAGGACCACAACCAACGAAGAACUGGAGGACAUGCUGGAGAGCGGGAAGUUGGCCAUCUUCACGGAUGACAUCAAAAUGGACUCCCAGAUGACGAAGCAGGCGCUGAACGAGAUCGAGACGAGGCACAACGAGAUCAUCAAACUGGAAACCAGCAUCCGCGAGCUGCACGACAUGUUUGUGGACAUGGCCAUGCUCGUGGAGAGCCAGGGCGAGAUGAUUGACCGGAUCGAAUACAACGUGGAACAUUCCGUGGACUACGUGGAGCGAGCUGUGUCUGACACGAAGAAAGCCGUGAGAUAUCAGAGCAAGGCCCGGAGGAAGAAAAUCAUGAUCAUCAUUUGCUGUGUGGUGCUGGGGGUGGUCUUGGCGUCAUCCAUUGGGGGGACGCUGGGCUUGUAG